AUUUUCUCUUCUACCUGCGUCAAUCUCGACGAGAGAUUAGAAAGAUGACGGACGAGCGGAAUUUUCGUUCGCAGUAUUACGAAAAGGUUGGUUUUCGCAGCGUGGAGGAAAAGAAGUCUCUGGAGAUACUGUUGAAGGAGCGUCCGCUCGACAAGACGAAGCUAAAGCAGUUUUGCUUAAGAUUCACCGUACCUGCUAUGUAUAGAAACUUCCUAUGGAAAGUCUUGCUCGACGUUGUACCAGUUUACCCGGAGAGCCAGGAGUUCGUGAUGGCCCAGCGUAAGGCAGAAUUUCAGGACUUGAAGGAAGCGCUGAGAGUCACGAAGAUCAUAGACAUUUGUACAAAGCAGCAUCUAAUAUUCCUAGCAAUGUGGCUGUUACGCAAAAGAAGAGUGAAAGUUGAUAUGGCUGCUCAGUUGGAAUCACCAUUAUACAGAGCUAUGAGCACAAUGGCCGAGACAAUGUGGCAUGUGCUCGAUGUUGAAUUAAAAGAAGAGAAACUGGUGGAUAUGUAUUGGAUAUCGUCCGGGCUUUUUGCGCACGUUGAGAAGCUGCAGAAAGAAGUGGGAAAAUUGCAGGAAUGUACGUAUACCCUGUUGGAAAAGGAGGACGUGGAAUUAUACAAGCAUCUUGUUAAAAUCGAUGCACUUCAUAAUCUUCCAUACAACUCGUGGUUUUAUUCGUGUUUCGCUGGCGUGAUAUGCAAUGGAUCUAUUGCUAAAAUAUGGGAUAAAAUAACGGUUGGUGCAUACCGAAUUUUAGUAUUCGUUGCCGUCGUUACGUUAACCACUUUGAGGCGAUUAUUAUUGAGAUGUGAAAAUAUAGAUCAAGUAUUAGAUACUAUUAAUAAUAUAACAGAAGAAACGUCAGAGGUGAUAGUCAAUAAAGCAAUUGAAUCAAUGCAACAAAGUGGAACAACUCAACAGGUUGACAUGUAUUUCACAAAGCACAGUUAAAGUGUGUUUUAAACCACAUAUUAUAAAAAUUGUAUUCCACGUGUAUUGUGCGACGAAGGUACUAUUUAUAUUAAAUUUGACCCUAGUUUUUUAAAAAACUCUCAUGUUCAAAUGCAUACAAAAAGGGAGCUAAUUUCUAUCAUCACUUAUAACUUUAAUAUAUGGACAUUACAUCCUGUGAAGUUGGCUUGAAUCUAUAAUAAAUUAAGUUUCGAAUGAAAAAGGUAUUUUGUUUAUAAUAAUGAUAAUUUCGUUUGUAAUUCCAUCAAAAAAUACAACUGUUUUGAAAAAAA